AUUGUAGGACUCAGGGACAAAGGUGAGUAAGGUGGCAUCUCAGCGUUGCUAGUUUACUUUCCUAACACUCCUCAACGCACCAACACCUAUUGCACAAUCUCAUCACUCUCCAAAUCUCUCUGCAACCAAGCAUUCAAAACUCACCUAAUGGCCCCCAAAGUUCCCGGAGACAUGUUCUCUGGCACCGGGAUGGUCACGACGCUUAACAAAGCCUACUCCAAGAGGGCCUACGUAACAUUUUUAGCCGGAAAUGGUGAUUAUGUCAAAGGGGUGGUUGGGUUGGCUAAGGGUUUGCGAAAGGCGAAGAGCGCCUACCCUCUCGUGGUUGCAAUCUUGCCGGACGUGCCUGAGGAACACCGCGACAUCUUAAGGUCUCAGGGUUGCAUUGUUCAUGAGAUUGAGCCCAUAUAUCCACCUGAAAACCAGAUCAAGUUUGCAAUGGCAUACUAUGUCAUCAACUACUCCAAGCUCCGAAUAUGGAACUUUGAGGAGUACAGCAAGAUGCUGUAUCUAGAUGCGGAUAUACAAGUUUUUGAGAAUAUCGACCAUCUCUUUGACAUGGCGGACGGUUACUUCUACGCCGUGAUGGACUGCUUCUGUGAGAAAACAUGGAGUCACUCACCACAGUACUCAGUUGGGUACUGCCAACAAUGCCCAGAAAGAGUGGUUUGGCCGGCCGAGAUGGGUUCACCUCCUCCGUUGUACUUCAACGCCGGCAUGUUCGUGUUCGAGCCUUGCCACUUUACCUACCAAACCCUCCUCGACACUCUCCAAAUCAGUACUCCAACACCCUUCGCUGAGCAAGAUUUCUUGAACAAGUUCUUCCAAAACACAUACAAACCCAUCCCUCCAGUCUACAACCUUGUUCUAGCUAUGUUAUGGCGCCACCCAGAAAAUGUGGAGCUCGAAAAAGUCAAAGUGGUUCACUAUUGUGCUGCUGGAUCAAAGCCAUGGAGGUACACUGGCAAAGAAGCUAACAUGGAGAGAGAGGACAUCAAGAUGCUAGUAGCAAAAUGGUGGGAUAUCUAUAACGAUGAGUCGCUUGAUUUCAAGGCUGAAGACACUAUUCAGGAGGAAGAGACUUUCUCGAGGCCAUCAAUCAUGGCUUCCAUGCCAGAACCUGCAAUUUCCUACAUUCCUGCACCCUCUGCUGCUUAAGAGCGCAGACCUAAUCAAUCUAAGUCUCAGGAGUUCAAAGUUGGUGUAAUCCCAGCCAACCUAAUUAAAGUGUUCAGGCUACUAAGCCUUUUUUGAGUUGUGGAACUUAACAAAAAAAAACCUUUUGAAUUUUUAAUAUAUUUGAUGUUAUAUAUACAUGUGUAUGUAGUGGCAAAGAAAUAUGCAACAGUCGUUUGAAAUUAUACCGAAAUCUUUGCUUGUUAUAUAUAUGUUUUGUCUUCCUUUUC